GUGUGUGUAUAUUGCCUUAUUUUAAUUUUUUUUUUAACGUUCAAAUCGAUUUGAAAGUGCUUACCAAAAAAAGUCAAAAUAGUUACCCCCAAGCGAGAGUGCAAUAGAGAGAGAGAUAGAGUGAGAGAGCGGGAGGAGAGUACUGCACUAUAUGCGAGUGUGACCACCUGUGUGCCAGUGUGACCAUACCGUGCAUAUAGCUGCAUGUGAACUAACGGGAAGUAGCGAAGCGCCAUUAAGCCACAUCAGCAUCAUCAUCAGCAGCAGCAUCAACGACGUCAGCUAGAACCAUGAAGAGACCAGGCCCAAAGAGUCUGCUAAUUGAGGUCGUUGUCUAGUUGUUUUUUCAACGUCCGCCGCCUCGCAAAAGUUGCUCCGCUUCCACUCCCUCUGCCCGCAGAAAGAGUGCGCUCCAAGGAGAGAAAGAGAACGAGAGUAGAAAGCACCGCUAAUCGCAGUUAGUACGCAGUUCUAAACAGUUUUAUUUUUAUUUUACUGCUGCUCGAUUAUACCUGCGGCUGGGUAUGUGUGUGCGUAAGUAUUUCACAGCGCACAAACCGCACGCCAAUUGCUAGCAUGCUCUAGGAAUAUAUUACGAAACGUCGCGAUACCCCAACGACAUUCCCCCCCAACCCACCAACCAAAAUACAAAAAGAAAGCGAAAGGAAAGCAAGCGACAAACGAAAAGAAGAGCGAAAGGAAACGCCACUUACAUUGGACAAAAAGGAUCACAAAAGAUCCAAAUAGAAAGGGAUUCCCCGCACAAUAAUGAGCAACAUGAAGGGCGGCCUAUCCACAUUGAAUCGCUGGUUUGGCCGCAAAAAGGACAAAUCAGGCAGCAACAAGAGCUCAUCGAUUGGGAAUUUGUCAAAGUCCACCACGCAGCUGCACCAACUGUCCAAGGAGAUGGAAAUAAAUGAGGCUAGUCAGCUGGAUUACAAUCGCAUCACACCCAUACCGGCGGUCACCAGCAAUGCACCCUUCGAGCAGACAUUCCGCAUCACAGUGCUGCUGCCCAAGGAUCAGCUGUAUGUGGCCAGGCUGGGGGCACGGGUGCCGAUGCGCAAGCUCCUCGAGCUGGUGUGCGACAACAAGCAGCUGGACAUAGACAAGUACGAGUUCCGGAGUCCAGUGGAUGCUAGUCAGGUGUACAGCUGCGAGUCGACCAUUGGGGCGGUGGGCCUCUCAGAGAUUCGACUGUGCCACAAGUCCGAGUCGUAUGACAGCUUCAACGGCGAUGCCAUGACCAAGUUCCAGCGGCAGGGCACCGCCCGCGACUCGCUGAGCAGCAGCUCGGACUUCAGCAGCAGCCGCAACUCGAAGGUCACCGCCAAGACGCCCAGUCCGUACAGCUCCACAAACUCCCUCAACUCCAUGGACUCCACCGGCAUGAACUACACACGCACGCCCGUGUUCGUGCCCGCCAAGGUCAUGGCACCGCCGCCGCGCAAGAAGCGUGUGGCCCCACGUCCGCCCAGCCAGCACUGCAUACCGGAGCAGUCCGUGCCGGAGUCGGAGCCGGAUCGAGCACCGAAGAGUGCGGCAGAGCCCGCGUAUGCGGUGAUCGUGAAGCGUCCACAGCUGUGCAUGUCCACACCGAAUCUGUCCGCCCAGCCGCCCGAGCUGCUCGACUGCAAUGGGAACAGCGCCAAGGCAUCCCCGGUGGACACCGACGGGCACUAUGCCACGCUCGACCUGAAGCGUGCCUCGGGUCCGGUCAGAGGUUCCAUUACGAGCACACAAUCCGGCCAAGGACAGGGCCCGGGCCCGGGUCCGGGUCCGGGCCAGGGACCAGAGCCGUCGCCCCGCCGUCGCCUUUUGCAGAUCAAAAAGAAAGCGGCUCCAGCACCGCCCCCGGGCUUCGCACUGGCUGGAAACGUAAACGGAAAUGGAAACGCAUCCGGAGCGGAUACCAUAUCGCUGGCAUCCACCACGCACUCCCUGUCGGAGACGCUGACGCCCAGCACACCGCAGCCAGCUCCAAGGAUUACCACACCGCUGCCCACAGUCACAGCAGCAGCAGCACCCACACCCACACCCACACCCACACCCACACCUCCUAACACACCCAUUCCGGCUCUACCGAGCAGCGCCCCACCAACUGCUGUGUCCCAGAACGUGUCCAAGGUGCUGCUCAACCGAACGCCCACACCAGAGCCCCGCUCCCUGGGCAGCGCCACGGAGGAGGAGGACAACAACGAUGCCGCCUCCAAGCAGGCAGACUCUGGCAUCGGAGAGCCCGCACCCUCACCCUCGCCCGAGCCCGAGGAAGCCGAGAAAUCCAACAUGGAGUCCAGCUCGGAGGACGACGAGGCCAUCAAGGUGUACAACUUCAAGCUCUGCCAGACCUCUGUCAAGGGGGAGCAGCCGCUGGCCAAUAGUCUGGCCGAGCUGGCCGUCCUGACAGCCCAGGACGAUGAGGAGGAGGAAGAGGAGGAGGAGGAGCAGCAGGUGACUUCCUCCACUCUGGCCACGCCGACCAGCGCCAGCGAACAGACAUCGCUCUCCUCAUGGAACUAUUCGGGGCCCAUUUCCCCGCCACCGGAUUUCUCCGAUCCGCAUGCCCGCGGAUCGACCAGAAGCGCAGCGACCAGCCCCGGCUCACCGCUGGACGAGAUCGUUGACGAGCUGUCGGCCAUCAUCCAGCAGCAGCGCCUCGACACGCUCAUCCGAAAGCAGCCCGAACAGACGGAAAUCGAGGCGGCGAAGCCGAAUCGUUUGACCAACUUCAGCAUUGCCACGGCCAAAUCCUCGACGAUCACAUCCAGCGCGACCUCCAAGAAGGUGAGUCGCUCGGACUCCUUCCAGGCAGCAGCGGCCCAGGAGCGGGCAUCCAGAAGCCUGAGCCAGCGCAGCUCCUCCCACAUAUCUCUCAAUAAAAUCGAUCAGAAUGGACUGGGGCUGGGGAAUGCGGCCGGUCCCAGGCGCUCCUCCAGCGAGCUGAGCAUCGGGGAGACACCUUCGCUGCAGAGCUUCGAGGUGAUUAAGACCAUUCUGAACUCUCGCCAGAACAGCCUGACCGAGAGCAGCGCCUCCGCCAGCCCACCACCCAGCAAGGAGGUGGAGCAGGAUCAACCAAAGAGCAGCCCCACAGCAGUGGCCAGGCUGGAGCGACAUGCCGCGACAUCUGGCCAGGCCAAAGAAAAAGCAACACCAGAGCCAGAGCCAGAGCCAAAGCCGUCUCCACCGCCAGUCAAGGCUCUCAAGCAGCCGUCUCCGCCUCCAGCUAAGGCCGUGAAGGAGCAGCAACAGGUGGCUCCAACUGCAGCCAAGACAGUCCAGGAACAGCAGCCGCAACCGCAGCCCGCUGCAGCAUCAACGUUGAGGGCCAGCCCAGGAGCCAAGGAGCAGUCAGCAACAGUGAAAGCAAUCAAGGAGCAGGCAUCACCAGUCACCUCGCCAGUCGCCCUGCGACCAGCAACAGUCCAGACACAGACAGAGGAUCAUUUCCCGGACACAAUCACAGUCAUAACAACCGUGAAGGCGGCCGCCCCACCAGCAGCAGCUGCGAAGCCGCUGCCGCCACAAUAUCGCUACUCCGGCCCGCCCAACAUUAACUUUGGGGCCUGGAGCGAGCGACCCAAGUCGCAGGUGGCCAUCAAGAACGAGGGCGACUACAUAUUCGGAGGAGCAGGCGCCACUCCCGCGCCCGCUCCAGCCAAGCUGACCAUCGAGGUGGCAUCGCCCAUGCUGAGGAUGGGCAUACCGCAGCGCAAGGAGUAUCAUGUGCCGAUUACAGUCAAACCUCUGCGGGAUGUUACACCUCCAACAGUAGCGGAAGAAGCACCAGCACCAGUCCCUGCUGCCACAUCCCCAUCUCAACCACAAGUCCUAUCCUCGACAUUGCCCAGACCCGCCAAGAGCCAUCGUUUCACGCUGCCCGCAGGUGGUGGAGGUGGUGGAGGUGGUGUAGGCGCCUCACUGCCACGUCCUGUUUCCACACUGGAGCGCAACAAGGCGCCAGCCGAACCCACGCCAGCGCCAUUCGGCCAGAACACGCUGCGGCGAACGGGCUUCAAGGAGCGCAUGCUGGCCAGGGAGCAGCAGGAUCAGGAGAAGGCCCUAACACGUGUCUCAGUGCCAGCUGCCAUCCCAGUUGCCACAGCAGUCGAGGUGCCAGCGGCAGCGCCCACUGUAACAGCAGCAACACCUCCAGUACCAGCACCGAAGCCUGUUCCAGCGUCCAAGCCCAGCCAGGUGAGCGUGCUGAAGACCAGCACGGUGGAGCUGAAGCUGCAGGAGCCCGAAGCACAGCCACAACAGACAGCCAAGUUCCAGGUGAAGCUGCGCUCCACAAGCGGGCAAGCGGCGGCUGCCGCGAGGACAGCAGCCACGCCGCCGCCACCGCCUCCGCCACAGAUGGGAGUGUCCCUGAAGCCACUGAAGGCAGCGACAGAGCGGGCUGGACGCAGUCAGUCCGCUGAGGAUCCGCGCUCCCAGCUGCUGGACGCGAUACGCAACUUCAAGCGGGACGAGCUCAACCGAUCCUAAGCAGUCACACAAACGAGGAAGGAAGAGCACAAAUUGUGUUUUUUUUUGUUUUAUCGAUUAUUAUUAGCAGUAAAUUAACAUACCAAAUUUACUGCUGAUUUUUGCUUUUUAUUUGUUCCCAUUGUAAAUAAUUCGAAAAUCGUUCGGAAAUGCAAAAACGAAUGCCGGAUGGGUGUUGUAUAUCUGAGGAUGAGAGUAGAGAAUGUGUUUUUUUUUUAAACUGUAUUUUUUUUUGUAUACCGUAUCACAUUGAUUUUUUUAACUAAUCUUAAUUUUUGUUAUGAACUAUGUAGUUUUUUUUUAAACACUUUGUUUUAGUCAUUUGGUCACAAGAACCCAAAAAAAAAAGAAAGCAAAAAACAGUCGAGGAAAAUAAUGAAUGCAAAUCAAAAGCAAAGGAAAUGAUUUAUAUUAUACAUAUAAAUAUGUUAUUACGCCUAUAAUUAUUAUUUUGUAUGCCUUAGUGAAUUAUAGUAACCAAUUUUCUAACCAAUGGGACUGGUCUGUGUCUACUUAGUCGAGUCGAAACAAACAAGUGAAACCCCAAAACUAAUAGCACAAAA